AUGAGUGGUGUCUCCGUUGUGCCUUACUCGUUAGCUCCCAUGCGUGAAGCCAGCAUAAAACCUACAAAGAAACGAAAAAUACGCACGAUCUCAACAGAUAAAAAUUCGUCCAUGGUCGACGCUAGUUGGACCAAGGUGGAUAUGGAGGGCAUGCAGCUCAAUGGGUUUCAAGAUGGCUGUGCAUUUGAGCUAGAAGAGCUUACAAACUACCAUGUGGAGAUGACAGAAGGAGGUGGAAAGAUUCUGGUUGAAGACAGUCAAGUUCGGGAGGAGCAGAGUCGUGGAAACAAGAAGAAACGCAGGAAGUCGAAGACUGUGAAAAAGCAGCAGCUGGAGACCGAGACGAAUGUUGACGUGGAUAGUGUGGCAAUGGAAGUGCCGGUAAAGCAGGAAGCAACAAAAUUGAACGAUAAUAAGCUAGAGAAUGGAGAAAAUGCUUCGAAGAAGGGCAAGAAAAAAAAAGAAAUGUGGGAAUAA